AUGCACUUCCCGUCGACCCUCUUCACCACCGCCCUCUUCCUCCUCCCAACCCUCACGCCAGCCUUCCCCUUCUUCCAGGCCCAGAACCAAACCUACUAUCAAAACCAAACCAAUCCCUACAACCAAACAACCCAACUCGGCCACGCAAUCGUCCGCAACAACUGCGCAUUCCCCAUCUACCUCUGGUCCGUGGCCUCGACCGUCAGCGAGCAGCAAAACAUGACGCAGGGAGCCCUCUACGCGGAGACAUUCCGGUGGGACCCGCAAACCGGCGGCGUGGGCAUCAAGCUUGCGACUGUGCCAAACGGGCUCGAGACUUCGGCGCCCCAGACUAUCUUCGCGUAUAACCUUGUCGGCGAUAGGGUUUGGUAUGAUUUGUCGGAUGUGUUUGGGGAUCCGUUUAGGGGCAGCAGGGUGCUUUUGGAUGGGGAGGUUACGGAUAUUGUUUGGGAGAGGGGGGUGCCGCCUGCAGGGUCUAGGGUUGGGAAUCAGAGGGCCGGGGUGGAUUUGGUCUUGACGGUUUGUUAG